AUGAACUGUCUUAGAGCCAAUGGUACUUUGAUCAUAGUCGUGUCUCGAGCAAGAAACUUGCCAAACAGACGAAAGCUCGAUAAGCAAAAUCCCUAUUGCAUUGUGCGAAUCGCAAACUUGGUUGAUAGAACCUCUGCAAUUGUUAGAGGUGGUCAGACUCCUGACUGGAAUCAUGAGUCAAGAUUCCAACUAACUACUGAUAUCAAUCCUAUCUUAAAACUCUCCAUUCUUGAUGAAACAAAAAAAUCUCCUGAAUUGGUCUGUGAUGCUGAAAUCGACUGUUCUCCUUCUUUCAAUACUGACGUCGAUGAGGGCUACGAUAAAUGGCAUCCUUUGCAAUACUGUGGAAGAUCUGCUGGCGAAGUAUACAUUGAAAUGACCUUUUAUCCCACCUCUCCUACAAUGGCUCCCAAACCCAAAAAAGUUACUUUGAAAAGAGGCUCCUCAGUUAGACCUUUGCCCUCAAGACCAGGCGAAGAUUGCACUGAUAUUCUUGAAGACCUGUCUUCCAUAAGCGACUCAUUUGCAUCUGCUCGUUCUUUGCCAAUGGAAAUGACAAAUUCCAUGGCCCAACAACAAUUGUAUAAUAAUCAAUUGCAACAACAAUACAUGAUGGACCCCAAUCUGACCUCAUUCUAUUCUUCCAACAGUCUUCUUGAUUCUCAAAACUCCCAGGCUUCUUCUCUAGCUUCUUCUCAAGCUUCUCAAUAUUUCCUAGAUUCUCAAAUUUCACAAACUUCUUCUCAGGCCUCCUCCCAAUAUUCCACACAGUCACAAUUGAACGACCAAUUCACUGCUUCUUAUUUGCUACCCAAAAUUCCAUCAAAUUUGUUAAACCCAACCGUCUAUGAUUCAAAAUCAAUUUUAAGCAAUGGAAGCGCCGACAGUAGAUAUACAGACAGAAGAGGCAGAAGAUCAAUCAUGAAUGGAUCGUCUUACUCAAAUUCCUCCUCAUUGAAAAGUGCAAAUUCCAAAUACAGCUACACUUCAGAUUUCACAGAUAGCUAUUCCAGUAACAUUACUCCUUCAUCCUCAAUUUACUCUGACCUUAAAUCGAAAUCAAAUUCAAUUUAUGGCAAAACUAUAACAUCAUCAAAAGAUAAUUUAGAUGAUCUAGAAAGAGAAGUUCAAUCUAGUUGGAAUAAACAAAAUUCAAAAUCGAGAUCAAUGUCUCCAGUCAAAUCUGCCAAAGACUCAUAUUCAAUAGACGUCUUUAAAAUUUCAACUGCUUUACCAAAAUUGUCUGAUUUUAAUGACAAUGAUUCAAUUUUAAAUUCCACUUUUAGACCAUUUCCAAACCCAAAUAAUACUAUCACUGCUAAAACUGCAAAUAACUAUAAUAAAAUUAACACAAACACUAAUAAACCCAAUAGAUUGCCUGGCUCUUAUGAAUCUACCAUUAGACCUUUAUCUCCUUUAAGAAAAACAACUCGUAAACCACCUCCACCGGAAAAAAAUAAUUAUGCUCAAUCUACAAUGUCCUCAAAAUUGGCUGAUUUGAAUCUAUCAACAAUAUCCUCUUUCCCCUACUCUGCUGAUGAAAUCGACAGAAGUUCUCUGAUUAGAUCCCGAAAUAAACCCGAUCAUUUGGAUAUGCUUCGUGAAAAAUUGAUGAAAAGAAAGGAAAAUGAUGAACUAAGAUCAGAUUGUUUUGCUCCAACACCAAAAGAAUUCAUUACAAGUAGAAGCAGUAAAUACAGUACUACUAGUAGCAGAUAUGAUAAUGAUUUUAAUAGCUCAAUUAUGACAACUACAACUAUUUCAACUCUUUUGCCUGGUCAAAAUGAAUUUGGUGGUCUGAAAUUUCUUCAAAAAUACUAA